UGGUAGUAUACUGCUCUUUCUUUUACAGGACACCCAUUCAUUCAUUAUUAUAAAUAUUCAAAAAGAAAUAUAUAUAAAAAAAAUCGAGUCUAGUUCAAGUUCGAAUUUUUAUUAUAAAGAUUAAACUUUGGGGACAUUUUUUUUUUCUUGGGUAUUUUCCAAACAAGUAAGUAUAAUUUCUCCUCUAUUUUAUUAUUUUAUUAUAUCACUUUAGCUGUCUGAAAAUUGUAAAAAGAGCGAAGAACAAGAACCCUAAACUGAGUUUGUAGGUAUGGAUUCAUCUUGCUGAGCUGAGCUUAACAGGGGUUUUUAGAUGGGGUAAUUAAAGGGAUUUUCGUAUGUCGAAGGUGUGUUCUGUUCGAAGAUGCAGGGGUUAUUUUAUAAACAUGUUGGAUUAAAGUUGGAGAAUGGAUUCUUUUGCAUAAUUGUAAUUGAUCAUUUUGAGUCUGGUUGAUGAGGUUCAUUCACAAAAAUGAAAAUGGUUACGGCGGAGUUAAGGUGGUGGCAGAGCUUAAUCAAUAUAAAGAAGCUGAGAAAAGAGAAGGUAGGGGUGGGGUUGCAGGUGAAGGGCAGGGGCUUUCCGAGGAGGAUGAAUUGAGAAUUAUUGAUGAUGGUGAGGAUGCAAACAGCAGGCGUUCUGUGAGUUCUGUUCAGCUUCCUGUGGUGACUCACAGGUCUCAAUCACAAGUUCAAGGGCGAGUUCGUUGGGACAAGUUUCUUCCUGUUGGUAACCCCAAGGUUUUGCUUGUAGAAAGUGAUGACUCAACUCGUCAUGUUGUUACUGCUUUGCUACGGAACUGUAGCUAUGAGGUCACAGCGGUGUCAAGUGGUAUAGAAGCUUGGAAAAUCUUAGAAGAUUUAAACAAUCAGAUUGACCUAGUCUUGACUGAGGUUGUCACGUCUGGACUAUCCGGUAUUGGUCUUCUGUCCAAGAUUAUGAGUCACACAAGCUGCCAUAAUACGCCAGUUAUUAUGAUGUCAUCUCUUGAUUCAAUGGGUCUAGUCGUUAGAUGUUUGUCCAAGGGUGCUGCUGACUUUCUGAUGAAGCCGAUAAGGAAAAAUGAACUUAAAAACCUUUGGCAGCAUAUAUGGAGGAGGUGUCACUAUUCUAGUGGUAGUGGGGGUGAAAGCUUCAUCCGGAAUGAAAAAUCUAUAGGAGCCAAAUGGGCCGAAGAGUCGAACGAUGACACUGGCAGUGAUGAUGAAGAGGACAACAGAAGUAUUGGCUUACAAGCUAGAAAUGGAAGCGACAAUGGGAGUGGUACUCAGAGUUCAUGGACAAAAAGGGCUGCAGAAGUUGACAGCCCCCAACGGCCAUCAGCUUGGGACCAAGGAACUGAUCCACCUGAUAGCACUUGUGCUCAGGUUAUUUAUCCAAUGCCUGAGGCAUAUGCCAGCAGCUGGAUGCCUGGAGCCAUGCAAGAGCAUGAUGGACAGGAUAAUCAACUUGACAAUGUCCCGAUGGGAAAAGACUUGGAGAUUGGUGUGCCUAGAAAUACAGAUUCUUCGCUUAAUGGACCAAACAGAAAGUUGACCCUAUCAACUGCUGCUGAGAAAUUCCAAACUUCACAGCUAGACCUGAACCUGAAAAAUGAUGGUCAGAAUUUUGAUGAGGAAAAUCUAGAGAUAAACAAUGAAAAUCCUAAAGGUGAACGAAAUACUCAGGCUAUGAACUUGCCUGGAGAAGCCAUCAGCAAUGAAGAACAUCUUGAUGGAAAUUUAGUAUCUGAUGCACCACCUGUUCUUUCUGAAACAUCCAAAAACAAAGACAAAGUCAUGAACUAUGAUGAGGACUUGCCUUCCCUUGAGCUCAGUCUGAAGAGGGUGGGUGAUGUUGCAGACGCAAGUACUAAUGUCUUGGACCAGAAUAUCCUCAGGCAAUCACAGCUUUCAGCCUUCACCAGGUACAAUACAGGCUCAACUGGUAACCAGGGUCAAACUGGUAAUGUUGGUAGUUGCUCUCCACCAAAUAACAGUUCAGAAGCAGCAAAGCAAUCCAAUUCUGACCCUCCUAACCAAAUUUCGAAUAGCAGCAGUAACAAUAACAACAUGGGCUCUACUACUAAUAGAUCUUUCACAAAACCUGUUAUGACCACUGAUAAAACACCUGCAAAAUCAACAGUCCAUGGUUCUCAACAAUCAUCUGUGUUUCAGCCAGUGCAAAGUGGUAAGACCACUGGUGGACCAUUAAAUACUGCUCUGCUGCAAGAAAAUGAGAUGAGUGAUCAGCAACUCAAGAACCAACACCACCAUGACUAUCAUCAUCAUCAUAAUUUUCAUAGUGUACAGCAACUACAGAAGGUUCCACCUCAAGAUGAUACGUCGAAAAGCACCCUACAAUGUGGGUCCUCCUCAAACGCUUCUAGAGUGCCAACUGAAGCAAAUGUUACCAAUGGCAGUUUAAAUGGGAGUGCCAGCGGAAGUAAUCAUGGGAGUAAUGGAAGUAGUGCUGUUGUAAAUGCUGAAGGGUCGAACAAGGUCAAUGAUAGUGGGAUAACUGCAAAGGAUGGUGUUGAUAAUGGAAGUGGUAGUGGUAGUGGAAGUGGUAGUGGUGUUGGUGUAGAUCAAAACCGAUCAGCACAACGAGAAGCUGCCUGGAACAAAUUUCGAUUGAAGCGUAAAGAAAGAUGCUUUGACAAAAAGGUGCGAUAUCAAAGUCGAAAGAAGUUGGCAGAUGAAAGACCCCGUGUUCGUGGACAGUUUGUGCGCCAAUAGCGAGAAACCAAAGGAAAGUUUGCUGAGAGCUAACACGACUCAUUACAGAAGCCGCAGGCGAGAUCAUUUAUGCCCAUAUUAGUGUUAGCUGUCCAGAUAUGUAAAAGAUUUCAAUUUGCCCUUUUUUCUUUUUUCUUUUCUUUUCUUUCCUUUUUUUUUUUUUAAAUCACGACUGCAUGAGGUGCGAAAUACUGUCAAACCUCAUUGAUUCUGUAUCGUCUAGACUGUAGGAAGACAUGUUUUCCUUUGUGUUUUCAUGGUUCCUAUUUUGAGCUGUGUUCACUACUGUUAAACAUGGUAGCCCCCAGGGUUGCCUCUGGAAAUAAGCUUCUCCUUAAAGGUGUGCUGCUUUAACUA